CGCUCACAGACACAAAGGGGAAAGCAAUAGAGCGGUUACCUCUCUCUCUGUGUCUAGGGUUUAAUUAGAGCUCGAUUCUCUUGUCUUCUUCUCUAUCCGAUCGAUCAUCCAAGGUAGGACGAUGACUCGCGUUUACGUUGGGAACUUGGAUCCUCGAGUGAGUGAUAGGGAUCUUGAAGAUGAGUUUCGCAUGUUCGGCGUUCUUCGCAGUGUGUGGGUUGCUCGGAGGCCACCGGGAUAUGCCUUUGUUGAAUUUGAUGACCACAGGGAUGCUCUUGAUGCCAUUCAGAGAUUGGAUGGAAAAAAUGGUUGGCGUGUGGAACUGUCCCAUAACUCUAAGGGUGGUGGUGGUGGUGGUGGAGGCCGUGGCGGGCGUGGUGGAGGUGACGACUUGAAGUGUUAUGAAUGUGGUGAACCUGGUCACUUUGCUCGAGAGUGUCGUAUGCGUGUUGGUUCACGAGGAUUGGGUAGCGGAAGGCGCAGAAGUCCUUCCCCUCGACGUGGCCGCACAAGUCCCAGUUACGAUGGUUAUGGGCAUGGGCGCAGGACUUAUAGUCCACGUAGGAGGAGAUCUCCUCCUCUACGACGUCGCACCCCAUCACCUCUGCCUCGACGUGGACGCAGCUACAGCAGGUCUCCCCCAUACCGCCAUGCUCGACGUGUUUCACCUUAUGCCAAUGGGGACUGAGCUGGAACUUGAUUUGAGCAAAUGCUGGAUGGAUGUUGAAAGGCUGAUAUCUUCCUGCUAUAAACUAGUUCUAAUAGGAUUGGUUGAACUGACAAGAACCAUGUUAGUUAUGUUGAUGAUGUUAUGACAAUGCGUUCUGUUCGAAGUGUUUUUGCCGCAUAAAGGGGUGCCUUGGUCACCGUUUUGCGUCGGCGAUCUUGCUUCGGCUUACUGAAACUCAGAGGUCGAAUUUCUACUUUUAUGUUUCUCUAUUAUAUCUGUAUAUAUAUGUCUUUAUAUGAACUGUGUGUGUGGUUAGGUUCCAUUGUUUUGCAUUAGAUUCCUAAAAAGUUUCCUUUUUUUUGUUUGGAGGUAUGAUUUUUGGCUAAAACAGCUUUGUUUCGCCGCUUACUGCAUCUUAUUGCACACCAUACCAUCUCUGUCUUCACCACAGUCUUCCACUUGUAGUUGCUUCUGCAUAUUGUUCAGUGAAAUUGAAACGACCAGCAACUUUGGUACUCUGGUUGCGUACGGCUCUUUUUUAUUGCUAUGUUCUGCAAUCAAGCUUCCUGAAUAAACUUUUUUGUUAGUUGGUCCAAGAAGAUGAAGCUGUUUUAUGUCUCCCUCAUCUCUGCUUCUCUGCACAUCAUCUACUUGCGUUGUCUACAUGUUUUUACUUGAGAAACUUGGCUGUAUCUUACCAUGUUAGUGUUAUCAUCGUCAACAGUGCUUCUGUCAUACCUUCACAUAUAGUUUCAUCAGGUCGUCAACAAUGUCCACUCUGUUGUUUGUUGCACUGUUGGUUCUCUUCUCCCAAGUCGGGUUAUCGAUAGUUGAAAGUGAGCAUCCAUUGUAGUAACUUUAGUGGGUACUUAGUAUUGGUCGAUUUACUCAAUGAGUUGAGAUGAAUUGGGGAUUCUUCUCGGCUCAUGGAGUCCUUCUCUCUCCCGCCAUUGUACUCACUGAGUUGAGAUCGUCUACAUUGCCCUCGCUGCUGUUUGUUGCACUGUUGGUUCUCUUCUCCCAAGUUGGGUCAUCAAUGGUUGAAAAUGAGCAUCCGUAGUAGUAACGUAGCGGGUACUUAGUAUUGGUCAAUUUACUCACUCAGUUGAGACGAGGUUCCUUCUCGCUCAUGAAGUCUUUCUCACACCCACCAUCUUAGUGUUGGUCAAUCUACUCACUGAAUUGAGAUUAAUUGGGGAUCUUUUUCGCUCAUGGAGCCUGCCUCACACCCACGUCCUUUGCUGUGGCCCUUGACUACACAUGCAUCCAGUUCUGCUUGCAAUAUUUGACCGUCUGUAUAUUUAGGAUUUGAAUCAUUUUAACAUGUGUAUGAUCUGCUAACUUUGUUAAAGUUGGCAAGCCCAACAAGAAGGUCCUUGAUGGUUCAUUGGCUGUCAGGGGAGAAAGCUGUUUGGGUUAAAUUCAUGAUGAUGCCUUAAGCAGCCUAAUAUUGGCAGAUGUUUGAUUCCCAUCUUGAUGCGUACUUGUACAAGCUAAUUGCUGUUA